GUCUUCCCCUUUUUAUCCCCAACAAAAGCAUCUUUGUUUGUUCUUCUGUAAUACCGCUUCUAUUGUUCCCUCCUUUCAUAAGGAAGGGCGUAGAAGAAUCCAACAUUACAGUUCUAUAACCGUAAAAGAAAACCUUUAAAUCUCGUCAUCAAUCAAACACAAAAAGAAGCUAAAUGGGUAUCAAGUUCUUGUUGAUCCUUUGCCUCUUGACCCUGGCUGUAGUCGCUGAAUCAGCCAAUGUCACGUGGUCCCUGACAAGAUCUUGUGUCAAUGGACAAGGUUGCAUUGGAGACGAUGAUGGGCUUGAGUCCUUGAUGGAUUCUGAGACUAACCGGCGGCAACUAGCCGCAAGGCGAAGGUAUAUCAGUUACGGUGCACUCAAGAAGAACAAUGUGCCAUGUAGCCGUCGUGGCCGGUCUUACUACGAUUGCACGAAGAGGAAAAGGGCUAACCCUUACAGGCGUGGGUGCAGCAUCAUCACGCAUUGCUACAGGCUGACUUCUUAAUCUGAAUAAGCAAACAAUGUGAGUAACGAAGCGAGAGUGCAAAGAAUGCGUAAAAAAAAAGAAAAAAAAAAGAUCACAUGUUUCCUCUACUACGUACGAUUCUUAACUUUGUUUUUCUUGACAUUGCCCGUUUUUCUCUCAGUGAUCUUUAAUUUUAUUUUCUCUUAUAUUUAUGAUCAUGAUGCAUUCUAUUGGUAUCCUUUUAUAUUUCUCGA